AUAUGCUGUAUUAACGAACGACAUAAGAAGAUAAGAAAAAUAUGUAAAAAAUAAAUAAAUAAAUAAAUAAAAAACAACAAAUCAAGGAAGAAAGAAGAGCAGCUGUUCUUGAAGGGAAUAUCAUUCGGCAAACAGACAGUGAAGAAGUAGAAGAGAGUUUUUCUUGGGUGUGUUUUAUAUAUGCCAGUAGCAUUCAAUUUAAAUACACCCACGUUUCAAACUAAGUGAAAAUUUUUAUAUAAAGAUAUAAUACAUACAAAUGACCAAUGCAUUUACGCAGCGGAGGGGCACAUACACAUGCAGUACGCACAUCAAAUAGCCGCCAUGCUGCAACUCCUUUGGAUGACGUACCAUUACUGAUAGCGGCAGCUCCAACGCACAACACAUUCGUAUCGUAUGCGGUACAACACAAUAGAGGUACACUAACGAAAAAAUUUCUACUAUGGGUUGUUGUGCUGUUGCAGAUUUGUUUCAUUGGUUGUUUUUGGUUACUACAGCUUGGAUUCAACGCCAGCAUAAGUAAUAACAGUUUAACGACAGCUACAAAGGAAUACACAGCUCCUAACAGUAAUAAAAAUGACAACCAGCAGCAAACAAAGGGCGAUGUUCUGCUCGCAGCUGGAAGAGUGAAUUUUAUUAAAAGCGCUGCACUAAAAUUGCCCAAAUACAAAGUGCAAAAAACGUUCAACGCAGCUCAAAAACAAUUGAUAGAACAACAAAAGCCACAACAUACACUGCAACGAAAUAAAUUGUAUUUAAACGAUAAUGUAAACAUUUUUGCAACAGACUUUGUUUUCAAACCAAACAGACUGAAUAGAACAGGUAUAGGCCUAAUAGGGGAAAACGGGGGAACAAUAUUAAAACAAAGUAUAAUGUCAGCAGAAGUUAUGCGAACACUUGUCGAUAAAUCUAAAACAUCUGAAGGAGGAGUUUGGUGCUAUCGCGAAGGUAGCGUAAAUGAAACCAAUCAUAAUAUGGACCGAGUUGUUGGAGACUCAGUAGAGCAAGAAGUGGAUUUAAUGUCGUUAGAUUGGUUCGAAAAUGCACAGUGUAAAUGUCAAACCAGCUGGCAUGGAAAAGAUUGUGGUCAGCCUGAAAUUAUUUGGCGUGCUCUAAUGACUGCCAAGAAACCUUUCAGACUUAUUGAACCCUCUAAACAAAUGGCACAUCGUUUAGUUUAUAUGUUGGAGGGAAAUUUCUUUAGUUUAGAUUUGUUGGAACUACAAAUACAAGCUGUUAUCGAGGUUGUGGAUUACUUUAUAAUAUAUUUUAAAAAUAAUAAAGCAACAUUAGAGCAGUUAAGAAUGCUGCAACGUAGACUAAAAAAUAUUUUAAAGCGUGGCAAUUAUUUUCUGUACCAUUGUAAAUCCGACACAACUCAGCGAGAGGUCACGGAAGUCAGUUGCACAGCUGCUCGUGCAUAUGCAGCGUUUCGUAAACAUUUACGCGUUGAUACAGUGUCUGCGUUUAAUUUAAACGAAACAGAUUUAAUACUGUAUUCUAGUGACUAUGAAAUUAUAUCAAGGAGUGCUCUAAAGUUUCUUAAAUAUUAUGCUAAGCCAGAAGUGGAGUAUAUACGUUUUCGUCUUAAGUAUACAGUAUAUGGUUUCUAUUGGCAGCACGCAAAACAAACCCACCUUACUAGUCUUGUAAGUUUCUUUACGCACCUCGACAAUCCACAUCUGGGUAAUGGCGAUCCUAUACAAUUAAUAACCAAAGCUAGUAUGCAGAACAAUUCUGCUUUUAUUAUUGGCGAUUUAAAUCACUUUGGUGGAUGGUUUUGUAAAUAUUGUGAGCAAUCGGAUGAAAUAAUUAGUGCAAUACAAGCAGAGUUUAGUUCCUUACAAGUACAAUUUCCUAACUCAACUAGAAAUCAUCAUAUCGACGUGACAUACAUACAGAAGCUAAUAGCAAAUGGCAUCUAUGUGGAUGGAAAAAGUCAAUUGCUGAAAAUGAGACGUUAUUCGGAUAAAUACUUUGCACCAAACUAUGCAGAGGAAAACAGCUGGAAGUAUGGUAAUUUAUUAGUAAAUUUAUAUGAAACACUUGAUGAAGAUAUUGAAGAUGAAAAUGUUUAUUAAUAUUAGGAAAGUUUCAAAAAUGUUAAUUUUUAUUAAGCAGAAACCAAAUAAGAGUAAUUGUUUAAUCAAAUCAGAAUGCAGAAU